AUGAAAAAGUUCAGUAGACCAACUUAUAUCGUGAUUUUUUUCCUACUCGUGUCAUUCACGAUAUAUUAUGGGUAUCAACAAGACAAAUAUACAAUUUCUGAUAUUUCCAAAUAUUUAGAAACAUUAGAUACAUCAGACGGUAAAGGUGCCAAUGGACCAUCAAAUGAAGGAACCAAAUCAGGAAAAUUGACUGAUAAUAAUGAUCCUGCUUUAAUUGAGAAACAUAAGAUUGAAAAUCAAGUUAAUGAAUUAUUAAAGAAGAAACUUGAAAGUGAAUUACAAUAUGAAAGAGAACAAUUAGAUGCUGAGGUUAAAAAAUAUAAUGAAGAGUCUAGACAGCUUAGAAGAGAGCAAAAAAGUUAUGAAAGAAAGAAACAAAAAUUAUUAGAUGAUGCUCAAAAACCUGUUGAAGUUAAUAUAAGAGAACGUAAUUCUGAAAAUCCAUCAUUUGUUCAAAAAACUUAUACUUUUAAAACAAAUAACAAGGAAAACCCCAAUGAUAACAUCGAUGGUGAAAAAAAUGAUCUUGUUAUUUUAUCUGCAGUCACUCAACAAAUUGAUUCAAAAGAUGGGAAAUUUAACAAUUUCUUAGCAUUAUUAGAAGGUUUAGAUUAUCCAAAUUCUAAAACUUCUUUAUCAAUCUUGUUAAGUUCAAAAGAUGAAUUUAAAAAAUUUGAUGAAUAUGUUGCUAAAAUUUUUAAAGAAAUUGAAAAUACAAAAGAUUUAGAAUCUUUGAAAAACUCAUUUUCUAAAAUUACUUUAAUGAAUGCACAAUUUAUUGAAGAUGAAUUUAAAAUUGAUAGAGCUAAUAGACAAAAACCAGAAGCUCAAAAACAACGUCGUAAACUACUUGCACGUUUAAGAAAUUUCCUAGUCUUUAAUGGUAUAGGUGCAGAAAUUUAUUCAUUAUCAGUAGAUUCUGAUAUGAUUGAAUUACCAAAAGAUUUGAUCACAACAUUUAUUGAAUCUGGUAAAGAUAUCGUUACAAUUAGAGUUGAUAUGAAAAACAGUGCAGGUCAUGUUGUUCAUAAAGAUUUUGAUUUAAAUUCUUGGGCUGGUGAUAGAAAAACACCAACUCCUGAACAAGAUGCAGAUCCAAAUUUAUUUUUCGAACCAGGUCCUGGACCAAAUAAAAUUCAAUUUUCUGAUAUUCAUAAAAAUCCAUCAAAAUAUGGAUUGAAAAGAUCAGAUAAAAAAUCACUAUUUGAAUUAAAUUCUGUUGGUGGUGCUGUAUUAUUUGUUAAAACUGAAAUCUUUAAACAAGGUAUAAUGUUCCCACCUUAUUAUGCAGUGGGGACAAAAUGGGAUAGAGAAGAUGGAUUUGAUGGUAUUGAAACAGAAGGGCUUUGUUAUCAAGCGAAAUCAAUUGGAUAUAGUUGUUGGGGGCUCCCAUUUGUAGUGGGGUAUCAUGAAGCUAGUUAG